AAAAAUAUCUUAAUUUGUGUUCCGAAGAUGAACGAAGGUAUUACGGGUUUGGGACGACAUGAGGGUGAGUAAUUAAUGACAGAAAAUGUAUUUUUGGGUGAACUAACCCUUUAAUGGUGAGAUCAGACCAAUUGCAAAACCAACUGAUAUAUACACUAUAAUAUACAUUGUUUACAAUAAGAUAAUGAUGCACAAUAUUUAUAAUUAAAUAUAUAUUUCCCCUUUUUGCAUGUUCUUCUUCACUCCCAAUUGGAAAUACAUGCAAACAGAUGAAUUUUAUUUGAAGUCUGUGAACUAAGCCCUUCAGUAGAGUACUGUCUCCUCGCCUUUCACACUAUAACCAGCAGCUGGAUGGAAAAUAUGCCCCCCACCCCUUUCCCUCUCCCUCUCCCUCUCCCUCUCUCUCUCUCACUAAUGUGCUGAGAACAGAAGGGAGGAGUUUUAAUUUGAAUCCUGAACUGUUGCCCUUCACAAGGCUCAGAGACAGCACUCUGAGUGGAUCGCUGUGGAUUUAAACACCUGUCUGUGGGUUCACGCGCUCCUCUGGAAAGGAUUUUUUAAUGGCAAAUUACUGUGACUGCUUGUUUACACAGGUGAAAAGAUAACUGAAAAGGAAGUUUUACUACUGGUGAGCACUGAGAACAAGUGUUGAACUUCAGUGAUGGGAAAAAUAAAAUGAGACGCAUAUCUGGACAGGACCAGGACAAGACAGCAAAUGUCCAAGUAUUUCUUUUCUCUCUGAAAGGACAAAGGUAAUGCAGUUGCAAUUAAAGGAACUAUCAUUUUAUACCACUUUUCAGUAACUAUUUUCUUUUUAAUUGUUAAAGGAAAUACUUUUUGUUUUCUGUUAAAAAUGCAUUUUUUUAUUUAAUUGAAACAAUUCUGAAAUAAAAGCAUUUAUUGAUUCAUUGAUACAUUCUAAAAACAAACACAAUUAUUUUAAAUAUUUCUAACUAUAUCUGUAGUUGUAUGACAAUCAAAGUCAUUCAACACUUUAAAAAAAUCUUUUUAACAUUUAUGCUUAGAUAUCUUCACUCUUAAAGUGAGGUAAAUCGUUGUGUGGAGUGUGUCGGCUGAAGCAUGGCUGGAAACAGUUUUUUACUACAUCUUCUGCUCACUGCCAUUCUGGGACGGGCUGCUAAACCACAGGACGAGACUUCUACUGAUAUGGACAUCCAAACAGCCAAUCAGACCGUAGAUCCUUUGUUGAUUUCUGUGACAUCAGAGGGGCCUCCAACUUUGAGCACACCUGGAGAGGUAGAGGAGGACACUGUGCCAUCCACUGGCACCCGUUGCCGGGGUUACUAUGAUGUGAUGGGCCAGUGGGACCCUCCCUUUAAUUGUAACGCAGGUAUCUUCUUGUACUGUUGCGGCACCUGUUUCUACCGGUUCUGCUGCCAGUUCCGUCAGCAGCGAUUGGAUCAGACCUCCUGCUCUAACUAUGAUACUCCCAUUUGGGCCAACACUGGAAAACCUGUGGCCACCAACACUGAGGUGCAGCCAGACCAUGAGCGGGAUCGAACUCACAUGAUUGUGUACAUCAUCUGUGGUGUAGUGGCCAUCAUGGUCCUGGUGGGAAUCUUCACCAAACUGGGGUUGGAGAAGAGGCGUGGAGGCCAGAAUGAUCUCAGUAACUCCAGGACUCUGCAGGAGUUGCUGAAGCAGCCAGGAGGGGAGUUGAGUCCUGUGGAUGGACCAUUGAGCAGCACCACAUCUGUCGGAGCGAAUGGCAUCUCUGCCAGGAUGCUUCGCAGCCGCAGCGAACAGUACCAUCUAAACAAUGCCGGCUUCUCUUUUGGUACAUCGGCCGGACUCUCUCAUCCUCAAAGCAACCUCAGUAUACCAGGCCUGGCACUGAAUAAGUACAACUCUCUGAAAGCAGUUGCCGAUACUGCAAGCCGGGGCUACUACAAGAGUUAUCCACUAAUGGAUUUCUCCCAGCAUCAUUCCCCUCCUGUACCUUUCCAACCGAUGUCAAUGCACCCAAAAGACAAGUCCUACCUCCACCAGGUCCUCCCCUCCCAUGACAUCCAUUCCCCCCUGUCCAUCUCAAUCCCAACCAACCAGUUGGAGAGGACCCGCAUCCCAAAAACCAUCACCCACCCUCAACUUUCCAGCUCAGCCUUCAAAGCUUGGGAUUCUGGACAAAGACACGUCCACCGGCAGAUCUCGCAUCCAGGGCACUCUGUUCGCCGACAGAUCUACAGCAACAGAAGACAGUACAGCAUAGAAACACUACCGGAGUUCAUCUCCCAGCCCACGGGCUAUGGGGGACAACCACUGUAUCAGCCCCAUCCCAAACUUAAAGCCUGUCAGACCAACAGCAAGACGGAGGUCACUGUCUGAGGAAACAGGAAUGAACGAAACAACACUGCUGACUGUUAAUGGACUGUAUGCACAAAGACUGCAAUGUCAGGACUGUGUAGUCACCCCUACUUUUAGUGCUAAACCACUCUUGUCUAAGAUAAUAUGGUUUCUUCUGUUGUCCCACUUUUCUGGGGUUAUCUCUGGCUUUUGUGUCAACAAUGAGGUGAGUGUUCAGACCAGAAGACAGGAAUGGUGCCCAAGGCCACAUCAACUCAACUGGGACAAUGCCAUCAUCACGUCAGCCUAAAUCUAAGUCAUUAAGGGACAUUAUCCUGGCCAUCUUUAUGUAAACAACCUCAGGAUCAAUUAUGUAUAAAAGACAAAGCAAACUUAUUCUCCUAACCCCAGAAGAGGCAAAGAGGACACGCAGAUGUCCAGUCUCACACUAGGAUUUAAGUAUAAGCCUCGCUGAGUGUGUUGAGGAUUUUGUGCUCAUGAAGAAAGUUUUUGAGUUACCAAAUUUCACGGUCUUCCUCUCUGGCUUGGGAAGUCUCGUUGUGAGAAAAUCACUCAUUAAACCACUAACUUGUUUUAGGGGAAUGAAGUUGAAAAAAAAUCACAAGACAUAAUAAUCCCAUUCCAGUGGGUUACAAUCACCUUUGUAAACUCUCAAUGAUAAUUGCAAACUUGACUACAAUUCUGAUAAAGCGCCAUUAAAUAUGUUUAUACUGAAAAAGACAUUCCUGAAAAGCUAAAAACUUAAUUUCUUUUUUUAUUUUUUAUUUUUUUCAAGAUUUAUUUUUGGAAUUUUUGUCUUUAUUGGGACAGAACUUAACAGGAAGACAAGUGGGAUGGGAUUGGGAAGGAACGACAACCCAGGACUCAACUUAGCCUACAGUUCGCCUACUGCGCUACAGUUCGGAAUGCUGCCCACAAGGCUAUUGGCUCUGUCCUAGAUACAUUUUCUGUCGAAAAUAAAAGAAAGAAAUUGAUUUAUGAGUCUAGUUUUACAUUCAAAUCCUCCAGUCAAGGAGUGAAGACAUCAUCAAACAUUCAACUUCAUCUUAUCUUCCUGUUUUUAUCUUGUUUGCUCAAAAGAGUCUGAUCUUCUCCAUCUCCUGUUUCUCAAGACCGCCAGUGUUGAAUCCUUAAUGUCAUGCUGAGUCAUUCACUUUACAGAUUGUUGACCAAGGCUGAUUGCCUCAUGGUGUGAGGCUGAAGAAAUAAUGCCAGCAGCUCUGAGCAAUAAUCUGGACCUUGGAAUUGAGAAUGAAGCACAUCAUUCUUGUAAAACAAGCUAUGCAAUGGCAAAAAAUAUCAGCUCUACUGAAUUAACCAUCCUUGAAAUCAAGAUCUCACAAGCACUAGCUGUCUUGUAGGCAAGCCUUGCACUGUUUACCUUCUACUUGUGUGUCCUUUCUUUUACUUGGAUUAGUGGACUGAAUUACCAGAACUUGUACCUCAAAGAUACAAUGUAUCCAAAUAAAAAAAACAAGAUCUACUUCAAUAACAUAGCAAGUCUGAUGGGGAAAAGUCUGAUACUUCAGAAUCUACGCUAAUUGUGUUGGCUAACCAUCUGCAGUGUAAACAGGAGAUUCAAAUUUUAAUUCUGAUACACUAAAAAAACCCCGCUAGCAUGAUUGGGAAUGGAAAAUACAGAGUGAUUACAGAACGCAUUGAGCAGGGAGGGAAAAUCACUGUUACUCAUCUUUACACGUACAGUUUACUUGUUAAUUGAACUGUUGUAUAAAAGCAAUAUCACACUCACAGUCUUAAAGGUGCCCUAGAAUUCAAUAUUGAA